CAACAACACACGCAUGCGCAAAGCACUUCAGUUUAAAGCGGCCAUAUUCAAAUUACUCUGUGGUAGAGAAGUGUUAUAUGAAGCAUGAGGCGUUCAAGUGCUAGCAGCAGUGGGCGACUCUCCCUGGCCCCUCUGAGGGUAAAGAAUGAGGGUCCUAUACCAAGUGGAAGUGGGCGCCUCUCCACGGGAAGCACGCGGUCAUCAGUUGGGGGCAGGACAUCGGUGGGAUCUGCCAUUGGGGGAGGAAGAAAUUCUGUUGGGAGCAGAAAAUCUAUGCUUCCUAGGUACAACCAAUCAUCAAACAGCAUGGCUACAGCAGCCAAAAAAAGACGGUCAAGUGGAUAUGGGCGCACUUACGGGGAGCAUGGUAUGGUGAAAGACCCGAGACCUAAUUCUGACAAGGUUUACAAGGAGAGAAGCAUUAAACUUUUACUUGAAUUUUUGCUGGAGAAGGGUUUUCCUCAUAACAUAAACAAAAAGGUGUUGCUCUACCCAACGAGCAAGGAUUUCUUCAGGAUAUUUGAGUUUCUGUUUUCAUUUAUUGAACCAAAAUAUCAAGUAGGUCCCAAGCCUGAAGAAGAGAUUCCUAAGCUUUUCAAACUGAUGGGAUAUCCAUUCCCCAUCUCGAAAUCCAACAUGUUUUCCAUUGGCUCCCCUCACACAUGGCCCACCCUUCUUGGAGCACUCCGUUUUCUAAUGGAAAUUGUAAAGUAUGCUUUUAACGUAGACACAGAUGCUGUUCUCUUUCCACCAAGAGAUGAUGAAUUUGAUUCCAUCCCAGAAUCAAAGAUUCUUUUUAACUAUAUGGAAGAGGGAUAUGCUGCCUUUUUGAAUGGUGCAGAUACAUUUGAACAUUUGGAUGAGGAAUUGGCAAGAAAUCUAAGGCAGAAAACCGAGGGCAUAAGUGGUGGUCUAGAUCAGUUAGUUUCAGAGAACAAUAUUCUAACAAGAGAGCUGACAGACUUGCAGAAUGAACCUGAUCGCUUGGUCGAGUUGAGGGAAAAACAUCACACAAUCACAGCAGACGAGCGCAAAUUUCAGGCUUAUUUGGAAAACCUAGAAAAACACAAGCAUUCCUUUGAGAAAAGAAUUCAAGAGGUGGAUGAAGAGUUCAACACUAUGACUGCUGAGUAUCAAGCAAUCCUUGCCAACAACAAGAGGAUGAAAGCCAUUUUUGAUUCCCAAGAAUUCUCACCAGCAGACGUGGAAAGAAUCAACAUGGCCAGGCAAGAGCUGCAGAGGCAGAUAGAAAGUAUAGAGAAGGAUAUUGAGGCAAUAGAGAGGCAGAUUUGGGAUGAAGAAAUAAACAUAGGAAAAAUCCAGCAAAAUACAGAAGCCAAAUGCCAGGAAUACAACAAGAAAGCCACCAUGCUGAAACUUAUUCCCCCUUCUGCAGAGAAUGCACAUGGAAGGGACUAUGAGAUGAGAGUUAAUUUCCAUUCUGGAAGCAUUGACUUCAUUGGAGCUAUAAAACCAGCUUUGGUUCAGAUGAAGAAACAAUGCAAUGAAAAGGUCCAUGAAAUGGAGGCCAGAAGGAUUGGAGAAAUGGAAGGCUUAGAUCAAGUAACGGAAAUGGUAUCUGAUAAAGGGGAAGAAAUUUCCAAACUUGAAAGUAAACAUAAAAGAGCAGAAGAGGAACUGGAAUGCAAAAAGGAGGCAAUGCAAAGAGAGUGUCAAAAACUACAAGCAGAGACUGAUGCCAUCCAGGCAGAAAUUACAGAAAUGCGACGCUCUUCACAAAUGAGUGUGCAAGAAGCACAGAAAGAACUCCAGCAGUUACAUAAACGGUACGAACAAGAAAAUGCUGCCUAUUUAAGAGACCAAGGAAGGUAUGCUGAUUCUCUGUUUGAAGCAGCAAGAUUGAUUGUUGAUCACAAGGAGACAAUUCAGGAUUACAUCAACUUAUUCUACUCAGGGGUAGAGAAAUCUUACGCAGAUCUUCUACAAACUCAAUAUAGACCAGAAUUUACAAAAGAUGACUAAUAAUUUUCAGGUGUGCUAAAUGUCUGGGUAUUCUGAAUUCCCACUCAGUCAGUGUGUAAAAAUUAAAUGAGCGCUUUUCAAAAGUCAUCAUAAAUUUGAAUCUUGAAGUCAAGGGGCAGAUACAAUUGUAAAUAAUUAUUACCUUUUUUUCUCAUUAGUACUUGUGACUUUUCAAUUCAAAUCAAGACAAUUAGUUGAAAGUGAAGAUGCAUGAUUGUGUUCCUAAUAGCUGUGAACUGACCAUAGGUUCUAUACUUGAUUAGGUUGACUGCAAUCCUUUUAAUUAUACACUUACAUACAGAUUUUUUAUAUGAUAUGCACAUUGUAAAAAGUUACGCCAAAUUUGUAGGAUGUGAAGAUGCUUCUGGUUUGAGAUGUAUGUGAAUAAAUAUCAGUUUAUAGUUUUA